CUGUGUUAUGUGUUAUAUCAGUGAUUGCGCAAAAAACCUUAGACGAGAGAAAGAAUGAAUAACGUGAUCGAGAAAUUGGGCCUUAAGAUUAUAAGGAACGCUCCGGAAGAGAUGCUCACUGAACUUGGUGUUAGGCAAUGGACAAUAUGGAGUUGCCCUCCGAGUGAAUUCCAAUGGAUAUAUGGAUCUAAGGAGACAUGCUAUAUCUUGGAAGGAAAAGUGAAGAUUAUUGUAAAAGAUGAGUCAGUGGAAAUUGUUGCUGGUGAUUUAGUUGUGUUUCCAAAAGGGUUGAGUUGCACUUGGGAUAUAUUAGUUGCUGUUGACAAACAUUUUAGCUAUGCAUAAUCUAGUAUUUGAUAUUUCUAUUGAAUGAGACAAUAGGACAUUCAUGAAUAAAUGGCUGUGGUUUUGAAUGAAA